AUGUUAUCGCGAACAACACCCCGACUCCGGGGCCCCAUUGCCCGCAUUCCACGCGCUAUCAGCACCACACCUACAGUUCACUCCAUUCAUACAUACAACGCGCUUCGACUUACAUUGCGCACAACCGUCGCAUCACAGAAGUCAUGGAUACCCAUUCAGUCGUCGCAGCAACAGCGCACCUUCAGCAUAUCCGCCCUUCGUACCGCAGAAACACGAGUCAUUAACGUCCCUGCCAUGGCGGAAUCUAUCUCGGAGGGUGUCCUUUCUACAUUCCACAAGCAGGUUGGAGAUUACGUAGAGCAAGAUGAGGAAAUCGCUUCGAUCGAGACGGACAAAAUCGACGUCGCUAUCAAUGCGUCUGAGAGUGGUACAAUUGCGAAACUACUGGUGAACGAGGGCGAUACGGUGACGGUCGGACAGGCAGUUAUUGAACUAUCUCCGGAGAAGCGCGAUGGGUCGCAAUCUGCAGAAGUUCAACCUGCUACAGAGGCUGCUAAGGAAUCACAAGAAGAUCAGCCCGCAUCGUCCCCUACGUCUCAGCCAGAGACAAAACCCGAACCUAAGAAGGAAUCUACUGCGCCCCCUGCACCAUCGAAACCUGCUGCACCCGUCGCCAGCGCUCAAGGACCCGUGUCAGCUUACAAGGGUAGUCGCGCAGAGAGAAGGGAGAAAAUGACCCGCAUGCGCCUCCGCACCGCAGAGCGUCUCAAGCAAUCCCAAAACACCGCCGCUUUUCUUACUACCUUCAAUGAGGUCGACAUGUCCAAGGUGAUGGAGUUCCGGGCACAGAACAAAGACAAUGUACUCCAGAAACAUGGUGUUAAGCUUGGAUUCAUGGGUCCAGUUGCCCGUGCAUCUGCGCUCGCGUUGAAGGAGAUCCCGGUCAUUAAUGCUUCUAUCGAGAAUGAUGAUACCAUCGUGUUCAGAGAUUAUAUCGAUCUCAGCGUGGCUGUUGCGACACCGAAGGGAUUGGUAACGCCGGUGUUGAGGAAUAUGGAGAGCUUGAGUGUGAUGGGAAUUGAGAAGGGAAUCGCUGAGCUGGGAAAGAAGGCACGCGAUGGCAAAUUGACUAUGGAUGACUUGUCCGGAGGUUCAUUUACCAUCAGUAACAGUGGCAUUUGGGGAUCCUUGUUUGGUACGCCAAUCAUCAAUGUGCCGCAAACGGUGGUGCUGGGUAUCUAUGGAAUUCAGCAAAGGCCAGUUGCUAUCAAAGAACAGGUCGAAAUCCGGCCGAUGAUGUAUACUGCUUUGACAUACGAUCAUCGGCUGGUGGAUGGUCGUGAAGCGGUUACUUUUCUGACCUUGGUGAAGAAGUAUCUCGAGGAUCCAGCGAGCAUGCUGAUUGAGUAGAUUGUGUAGACGAUUGUUCUCUGCUAGUCCUAUUUUACCUUUGCUUGUGAAAUAAGAACAUCCUGUACCUAUCUGUGAAGCCUUAUCUUCUGCUUCCAAUGUGAUUUAAAUCAAG